AGCCGAGCUUCCCCUCAGUUGUAGUUUCUGGGUGAGGGAUUCAUGUUUUCCUCCCAUUGGAUCGCGGUGGCUGCGGGAGCCGCACGUGCAGUGACGGGGACAAACGGUGAAGACAUUAGAGGGCGAGAGGAGGGACUCGGUCCACUUUCCACUUCCUAAACAGACCGAGACCACCUCUAACGGAGAAAUGGGGUGUAGGCUCCCAAAGCUGAGGAAGACAGAGGAAAGGCGUAGCCCUGGCAACAUCUACUCCACCCUAAGACGGCCUCAAGUGGAGACUAAAGUUGGAGUGGCCUACACCUACCACUUUCUGGAUUUCCUCUUAGGGAAAGAAGAGGUGUCGGUGUCGUCUGUGCUCUGCCUGUCGUCUGUCAGAGAGCUGCCAGUUCAGGUCAGGGAACUGUACGCUCAGGGCUUUGUCCUGGUGGCAGUCCACCCCUUCGUCCAUCCCUGUGGCCCUCGCCAUGCUCACAUCCAGCGCCAGCUCCACCGGGCCGUGUUGGUCCGAGAGACACAAAGUCCAGAGAAAAGCCAGCUGAGGUGGGCGAGAAACCGUCUGGAGACGGAGGUCUGUGUGGCCAGUCAACAGGCUGCUGACCCGGAAGCCAUCCAGAACUAUGUUAAGAAGAUCCAGGAUGUGGCAGAGCAAGGGGCGAUGUUUGUGGGCUUUCUACAACAGCCGGGUGGAGGGCCGUAUUUUUUGGGACACUGGGACCCAGAGGAGCUGUCGUCCUUGCAUUCGAGCCCGUCACCAAUACAUCGGCAACCUUUCAGCACCAAUACGAGCCCAACGGAGCCAAACCCGAAUGGUGAAGAUGCUGAUCUCUGCUGCUGUGAAUCACAAGAGUCGGAUUAUGAGGCUGUGGAGAGUGUCAAACAGGAUCAAAACUCCUCAGCGUCCAGAAAACCAAACUUCAGCCUCCUGAAGCACCCGGUAAACUCUCCUCAUAACCCAGAGGAACUUUGUGAUCAAAUAAUAACCUCACAGAUUGGCGCCAAGGACUUCAAUAAACCUCAUAAUCACAUCAAACCUGAAGCUCACAACAUGGCAGAAGUCCAGGGCAAAAGGUCAAGUCUGAGCCUACCAGAAACAGCAGUCACGACGAGGCUACCAGAGUGUAGAUCACAAGAGACUAAACAGCACUUCACUGCACCCAGAGAGAAACAUCUUAAUGUCUCCAAACAGAGAGAAAGGAGAGUUUCCAGCCCAGACAGCUGGCUCAGCUCUCCAGAGCUGGAUCGUAACCAUGACAGAAGAUCUGACUCAACGCAGACAGAUGGGCAAAGACGAGUGACUACACAGAACAACAACCACAUCAGGCUGAAGAAUUCUGGGAACGACACAGGUUCAAGCUCACCGCCGGCACAGCCUAGGAUGCAGCUGUUUGCACUGUACAACCACACAGGAGAGCCCGACAUGUCCCUGAGGUUCUACUCUCUCAGGGUACCUCUUCAUGUUCAAAAGGAGGCGGAGGCAAUCACAGACGUAGAUGCAAACUGGCUCGACCACAUGACUCAGCACUUCAGCAGCGGGGCGCAACUCAUUGAUGGGUUUUUCCACCUCACAGACGACCAUGACAGUGGUGUUUCAUCCGUGGAUAGCGUUUUCAUCUUCCAGAGCUCUGCGGAGGAGACCACAGACACCUCCUAUGACGCCAUUGUGGUUGAGCAGUGGACUGUUAUAGAUGGCGUUGUGGUGAAGACUGAUUACAUCCCGCUGCUCCAGUCCUUGGCUCCAUAUGGAUGGAGACUGAUGUGUGUGCUGCCAACACCCAUUGUCAGAACAAACAGUGAUGGAAGUUUGUCGACUAAGCAAAUCCUUUUCCUUCAGAGACCCAUUUUGCAACGCAGGAGAAAAGACUUCAAGAUGCUGAACCUCAGAGGUCGCAGCAAGGCGAAGAAACACUCAGCCGGGGAGGCGCUGGACGAGCAAGAGAACAAGUCCCUCGUGAUAGAGACUGAGAUGGACAGGCUGAGGAUCAACAAAGAGGAAGAGGAGGCGGAGGGGAGGGAGCGAGGGGACAGCGGAAGGAGCCAAAGAGCGGGGCUUCAGAAGAGCGGAGACGAGGCGCAGCAUCAAAAGGCCUUCUCCCUUCUGCUGGAGCGCAGCGCUUCUGUUGAAUAUCAAGAGGAGGAAACCGACGUGGACGCCGUCCCGCUGCCCAGGCAGGAGAAGGCGGUGAGGUGGACGGAUUUCUGCCCGGGUGACGAGAGGGGGGUGAAGGGAAAGGUCAGGGUGGAGGAGAGCAUCAAAAAGCAGCUGUUCUCCGGCGUCUGUUGACGUAUCUGCGAACGGAGCCAUCGGAGGGAAGAGAACGCUUUUAAACAUUCGGUCUGGAUUCCUGUGGAAGAACUAAUCUAGAGUAAAACAUACACAGUGCUGUGAAAAAGUAUUUGUCCACUUGGAAGUUCUCCAACAAAGUGAAACCAUAAGAAAUCUGAAAUGGGUAAAUACCUUUUUGGAGGUACAUUUAUCCUGUGUUCAUUUGGUGAAGGUGUGCUGUAGAGUUCCCUGCUUUGUUUUGUUGACUGUUUUUGUAAAAAGUUUUUAGAAAUGUACAGUGUGGUACAGCUUCUCCUGCCAAUGCCUUAAGUAGGACAUAUGUUUAGGGAUUUUAUUUGCUUUUUUUUACGUUUGCUAUCUAGUUCAGGCUAAUGUGACGUCAAUUUGCCCCAUCGCCAACCACUUCACACCUGUAAACCAAUCCAUAGCAGUUUCUUCUUCUGGUAUUUUGAUGAAUUAUGAAGAGAAAUAAUCACAUCACAAAACUCAUACAUUUCUCAUAGAAACUACUUUAUUUAUAAAUUAUUUUCUGACGAAAUAGAUUAUUUAUUAGUGUGACUUGUGGUUAGUAGAAAAAAAAAAACUAAUCAAAAAUAAAAAUCAACCAGCGGCAACACAGUUGGGGACAAAAAGAUCCAAACUGCAACAUGGCGAAGGGCCGAAGUGACCCCCAUGAGAAACUCCUGAAGGACUGCAGGUGACCUUUGCCCCUUUUCACUGUUUCUAAAGCUGCUAUGAAGACAUGUUGUUUUGUAAAUAAAAAGAGUGAGUUUCUUAGUUGUAGUUCAGGUUGUUAAUCAUCAUAUGCGGUGAAAGGUAAACAUUUUCUCACUUUGGACUGGGAGUUUGAAGUUUACUCACAUUUAUUAAUUUAAAUUUAUUUGUACUGUGUCUUGCAAAUGUAUUGUCACUCUUUGAGCGUUGUCAUGUUUUUUUACUUGGAUUUAUUAUAUUUUCAGUAACGCUCACAAAGCUGCGUGCCACUGUUGCGUGGAAAGAAAAUGCGACUUGGUUUCCAAAAUUUUUAAACACCAAAAAAAAAAAAAAUUCGCCGUUUGUUUCUUUUCAGCUUUUCUGCUUAAUACUUUGUGGAAUCACCUUUCACUGCACAUAAAGUGUCAGGACUGAUGCCACUGAUGGAGGUACAGAGCUACUAAAUUUACACAUCUACAGACUUAAAUCACUGCAAAGAUCAAACAAACCUUUCUAUAAGAGAGCAAUAAAAUCACCAGACAGCAUGGCAGGGAAAUCAGAAAGCAUUACAUUAGGUCAGGUGAAAAACUAAUUCCAGGAAGUAGACAUGUUCCUAUCAAAUCAAAAGCAAAAAGGAAGCCUUCUCUCACUCCAAUAACUGGCCAAACAAGUCUUUAGUCAUCGCUGAAGUAAUCAGUAGAGGCAGAUAAACUAAAAGGUUUGAAAUGAAUCAAAUAUUCAUUCUUUUUCCAUUUGAUAUGUCAGAUGGACAAGAGCUCAUUGGACAUGGAUUUAUAAUGAAUAUUUCCAUCAUACUUACUGUACCUGAGAUAAGAUCAGCUUAGUUGUAUUCGCUGCUUUACAGUUCAACAAUUUGGAAAGAGUGCCGCCUUUCAUGAAGUGGAAGAAUCAGUCCAACUCUAAACUCUAAAUUUAGACCAAUUACCAGCAUAUGCAUUAUCCAACUCCAGAAAAACCAAGUGAUAAUAUGCCAAGAGGAAUACAAUUUUCAAAUAUCGGCGUAAUUCUUGUGAGUAUUUUAAAAGGUACAACCUUUCAUGUGGUUUGCCAUUUUCUCAAAAGCUGAAGGCAAUAGAAAAGUUUUAUUUGCAAUAAAUGACCCAAGAAUGUGCUAUUUAGAAACGAGUUCUUUAUUUGUUCCCCAGCUCUUAAAAUGUGUGAGUGGUGUAACAGUUAGGUCUUGGUUUAACAAGAAGGUCAAUAAAGUGUUUGAAGCCCG